AUGUCGGAAGACUGCUAUGUGAGGGCAAUUGCCCCUCCAGGGGAGUAUAUGCGCCACCUGAGCGAAAGCACCACAUACCUGGGUGUACAAGGACUAUUCACAGGCCCGGGAGAGUACGAUACCUACUUUGAUGACACGAACUCUCUGGGAGUUGGGGGAGAGAACUUCGGCCUCGAGAGCUGGAAUACGACGUCCAGCAAGCCCGCGAUCGUCAACCGUUCACAGUGCACUUCGAAGCGCAACGCUCAAUUCCCGCGCGCGACGACCAACCAGGCGACGAUCAGCUCCAGCAUCAACACCGCCUUUCCAGCAUACGACUUUGACUAUGCGAUAGCUUAUCCGCAUAGGAUAGACGAAUUCGAAAACGCUACACCCCCCUUCCCAUACCCGCAGUCGCUUGCAGGAGACAUCACAGACGUCGGCUUUGAUACUCUCAAUCAACAAAUCCGGAGACGUCCGCAGCUGGGCUUCGACGAGAGGAGCUACGGACAGUUUGCAUCUAAGUCAUCUUCUCGUCUUCAGAAGCCUCGGAAUAACAUCGCACCUACGGAGCUCACUCUUCCGCAGAAUUCAGCCCAAAAUUUCCUCUCUCCAGACCCGCUCUACAGCGCACAGCCUCAACUUCUCCCCGAUUUGAAGGGCGCACCCGUGCCAGAUAUGGCAUUUCAUGCGCCUGGUAUGGCCAUAUCUGCAAAGACUGAGGAAGUGCUUCGACGACCUGUACCAGAGUACAAGACUGGGGCCACUUCGGUGGCGGAUGUAUCCAUGUUAUCUGCGCAUCUCGUACUCGACGCCUUGUAA